UCAAGAAAAUGGAAAGAUGAAAGUACUUAUCGAAAAGAUGAUUCAACUAAAAAAGACCAUAAAUGAUCUCCUUGGUUGGUUAAGGGAUCCUAUUGUAGCCAGAUGGGAUGUUAUAGAUGAAAUGAAAAAGUAUUCCAAUAAUAUUCCAUCUAAUUUAUUGUCACCUGAGACAGAAACUUUAGAAGACCAAUUAUUGGCCCCACUGGAGAUUAUCUUCAGAGGCCCUUCAGCCGUUUCAGCCUAUCAUAAAGCUAUUUCAGAGGGGAAAACCAUUGUAAAAAGAGUCCCCAUCAUGUUCAUUGGACAAGGUCAGUCGGGAAAAACAAGUUUAAAGGGGUCAUUAAAGGGAGAGCGUUUCAACGCAGAAGAAACUACCACCAAAGGAAUAGAGACUGACCCUUCUUACUGCAAAGUUUCUCCAGACGUAUGGAAAAUAGGAGAUGGUGGAGAGGAAGCUACAACUUCAGAUCCAGGACCCAUUUCCUAUGUACAACGAACAGCUGAGUGUAUUUUGAAGAGCCUCAAAGAAGAUAUAAAUGUUGAUAACCCCACCUACUCCAAAGAUUCCCAAGAGUUUUGGAAAAACGGAGGAGUUGAAGAAACAGAUUCAGAUCAUGCGGAUGUGACGCAUAAUAGUUCAAGAGAAACAGGUGUUACGGGUGAUGAAGUCGGCACUGGACCGGAUCAAUCAGAGCUAAACGGGUUACCGGAUGAGAUAGCAACUGCUUUGGUUGAAACUUGGCGUCAACAAGAAGAAGCCGAUAGUGUCCAAGAUGAAGAUCUAUACUCAGUUUUGUGGGAUUUUGGUGGUCAGUCUGUUUAUUAUGCGACCCAUCCUAUAUUCCUCACAACAAGGGCGAUAUACCUCUUAGUUUAUAACCUUAGCCGUGAUCCAAAUGGUAAAGUCAGCCCACAAGUGAAGCGCGGAUUCUACGAGGAUAUCGAGGAUGUUUUCUGUGAAAGGAGUAACAUGGACUAUCUUGACUUGUGGAUGUCCUCCGUAUCGAGUUUAGUUUUGGCAGACGAAGACUUCCAUGAACUGCCUGCAUCUGAUUUAUUACCAGAGAGGCUUCCUCCAGUUUUCCUUGUUUGCACUCACGCUGAUAAACCUUAUAAAGGUUCAAAUCCUCAUAGGUUGGCCUGCAAGAUAUUUGGCUCACUAAAGACGCGGGUCUAUGGUGACCAUCUCGUUGACUUCUUUUUUGUGGACAACACUAAAUCCGGAAGUGUGGAAAAAUGUCCAGAGGUAGAUCGUCUGAGGAGGGAGGUUAAAACAGUUGCCAAAGAGUUGCCACAACCGAAAGAGGGAGUUCCGAUCAAGUGGUUAAAGUUUGAAAAGGAAAUGAAGGUGAAGAAUCAAGCUGGCCACAAGUGGAUCUCCCUCGAUGAAGCCAAAAACAUUGCGGCCGAAAAAUGUGGUAUUUCCAUCAAUGAACAAUUUGUGGCAAUGUUGAACUUCUUACACGAUCACAGAAUUAUUAUUCAUUUUGACGACACUCAACAGUUAAACAGAAUGGUGAUCUUGGACCCUCAAUGGUUGAUAGAUGUCUUCAAGGAAGUAAUUACCAUUAGGCCAUACCAAAGAAAAGAGAGAAAACACGAGCAACUGUGGCUAAAGCUUGAGAAAGAAGGAAUCUUGAAAGAAGAUCUCUUCCAACACGUAUGGGGCCCCUUGUUUGACAAUGGAGAAACUUGUGACAGCCUCAUUGCUAUGAUGGAGAAAUUCUGCUUGUUAUGCCCCUUGUCGUCAUCAGUUGCGAGUGAUUCACCCACUGAAUACCUUGUACCUUCCAUGUUGAAGUUCCCACCGCAGGAGGAUUUGAGUGAGCUGAUUGCCUCCGCAGGGAUCCCGCCACUUUAUCUUAAGUUCACGUCAAGUCAAGUACCGUUUGGCCUUUUUCCUCGAUUGGUUUUAAUGGUCUUUCAGUGGUGCACGAAGGAGUUUUCCAGUCAAACGCAACCUCAGUUGCUUCAAAACUUUGCUAGAUUUUACACUCAUCCUGUGGAAGGUUGUUCUCUAAUCCUUCAAUGCCAUUCUUCCUUUAUUGAGGUAGUUGUUCACAAAGAAGGCUGUGCCACGGAGCUCUCAUCAGAUGUAGCAUCAGGAAUGAACUUGUGUUCAAAAUCCACAUACGACGCCUUUCAGUUGGAAUUUGCUCGUGCAGUCUGUCGACAAUUAGGACUGAUUCUCGAGUGCAUCCGAAAAGAGUUUCCCUGGCUCAGGAACAUGGCAUAUGAUCUCUCAGUAUGCUGUCCAGUGUGUUGUGCCAGCCGUUCUGUGGAUCAUUGCCGCGGCCAUAAUGUGCGUGGUUGUAAGGAAGAGCAAUGCCUGCACCUGUUGUCGGAGUCUCAGCUCUGUGCAAGCCAUGGGUCCAUUGUAUGCACCCGGUCGGUUGUUGCUGCAAAUUGCAAGGUUCCUGUUGAUUUUAUUGGACUCUGGUUUAGACCAUUAAAGGAACAGCAAGCUACUGACAGCUGUGAUGAAAGACGUUCUUUGCCUUGUAGUGGAGAUGCCCAUAACGACCAAGCAGUAGUCCUGUGCGGUGGAGUGCUUGAGGCCCUAACAACACAGACGUGUGAUGCAAGUGCGGUUGUGGCCCAAUUUCAGAAAAGUCUUUCCUUGGAGAACUUGUCAUUGGAACAACCAGACCUGGACACUAAGAAGAAGAUCCGCUAUCUUUGUUUGAAGGCUAAGACUGCGAACAAGCUGGAUGUUGUCAAAAAAUUGAGAGAAAUCACUCCCGCGGGUACAACAGGUCCUUUGUUGCCUGAACAGCGUGAUGUUGCAACGAUUCCUUUGCGUCUGAGACAAGAAUUAACAAUUAAUCUUUCCGGUGGCGAAGAGUGGAAGUUCUUUGCGGAGAGACUGGGUUUGACUCCAGCAGAAAUCAGAUUCCUCGACAAGCGGGUUUUAAAUCCAUGCGAUGCCGCCCUGGAGCAUGCUCGAAAACAGGGGUUGAUUGAGAAUGUUGGAGAUCUGUAUGAUAGAUUAGUAAACUGUGAAUUCCCACGUUUAGCUGACUUACUGUAAAGAAACAGAAUUGUCAACGGCUCUUAGCAUUUGUCAGAAUGAACCAGCCAGAGUUCUGCAGAGUUAGUCCCCAUAUUGUAGUUAGUCUAUAUUCUACCCUGAUGGGAAUUUUUCAAAAAAUUUAAAUAGUUCUGUAGUUUAGGUCUUAUUAAUUAUCACGGGGCCUAAUGUUUAGAGUGAUUUCUAUGCUCAAAAUUCUUUGUAUUGAAGUUUUGGACUCUGCCCUUGAAUCAUGCAAGGUUUAUCUAUAUCUGUUGAAUUGUUUAAUUGAUUGGUAAGAAACACAUCAUUUUUGUACAGUUGAAAUUCGCCAAAUGGCCUAUGAAAACCACAUUAACGAAUCAGUAUCAGUAUCAGUAUCAGCUAAUUAUUAGAUAACUGAGUGGCGACACCUAAAACAUUUAUAGGUUAUGUAAUCGGUUUUCGUCGGGUGGACCGCGAAGGAUAUUUUCCAACCGGUUCUUUGUAGUUGUUAGGUAAGAUGUCCAUUAACGCUCUAUAAACAGCAUACCCCAAUAAUUGCUUUGAAAAACGGAACCGGAGACAUCAACUUGUUAGCCUCCCAAGGUCACAUGACGUACUCGUUUAGAAGUGUAAGUACCGUAAACAAGUUACCGUAAACUGUACUUUCAUAAACUGUGGAACUAUAGAAGGAAAAAAGAAUCAAAUUAUAGAAACAACCAAAAAAGUCGACAGCAAAGCAAAGGUAAAAUGUUAAAAAUUGUUUCUGUUACUGAUGGCAUAGCUUGCAAAUCGUGGACAUAGAAAAGAAACAAAUGUUGUUUAUUUCACAGAAACAUUUGCCAUAGUCGAAAACUCGACUCGCCAGUAAAGGAGAGGUUUUCUGCAAACAGAAAACACGCUUAAAACAAACGAAAUUACAACAUUAACAACUGAAAUGAAAACUCACCGACUGUUCGAGCUUAGGGUUUUCAAACAAUGACAAUAAAACAGCAACCAAACAUUCUCGAAAAUGAACGUGACGAUUUUUCCUCUCAAAGCACAUGGGAGAUUGCCCGGAUGUUUACGUGAACAUAGGCCCGCAAUGGGAGUUACAACAAAACUACAUGUAUUUUUGUACAACUUUCUUUUUAGAAAAGAACUGUGAGGUUCAUCGGCCGAGGAUUGUCCUGGUUAAUAUGGUCAACAUAAUUUAUGUCGGAUUACUCUACUUACCACGUAGUUCUUUUAUCAAGACUUUUAUUUAGCCAGUGCACAGAGUUCAUUGUGAUUUUACGCAAGUUAGACAAACACGAUGGGGGUCUCAAAAUGGCCAAGGACAAAUGUUCGAAUUCUCUCAUUGUUAGUGACGCAUAUUCUAAUAAGGUUGACGACUGCUUAGACCAUGAACCGCUGAGAAGAAGGCAAUUUUUGGGUCUAUAGCUUCGGACAUUUCACAGCUUUUCCAGCAAAAAAAAUACCUAGAAAUUUGAACAGAGUUGUAACGAUAGGCUUUUAAGUUAUCGAGUUUUUAUGCUAGCGUUAAAAAAAAAAUACACAUAAAAUUCAACGUAGAGACUGCGAGAUUUUGCUAAGCUCAGCAAAGCGUAAAUGCUACCAGUUCUCAUUCAGUGAGCCGUAAACAGUUGUUAUUAAAUCAUAACGGUACUUAGUGUUAAACUUUAAGCGUCACCUGUCAUGGGCUUUUGUGUAGUUAUUACCCACCAGAACUUUUCUAGCUUGGAAAAGGCGAAAUUCCUGCCUAGCCAAUCGUUGUUGUAGAUUACGUGAUUCUCUAGAUAAUUCAUGGCAUUACCUAAUCCUCUGUGCCUCAGGCUUAAAUAGAGCUGUUUUGUAACGCUUUCUUUGGUCAAGCCAGGUCGAGCUAGUUUUGGCCAGGUCAAACUCGGUUUGGUCAAAAACAAGUCAAUUCAGUAGUGCUUAUAGAAUAAACCUACGUUGAGGCCAA